UGAAAAGAGAAGCCAUGGCUUAGCUGCUUCCCAAAGGAAUGAGUAGGAGGGAACCUGGGUCCCCCUUGCUGCGCUGUUUAGCGCUUAACCAGGUGACCUAAGGGCCCCCUGAGAAAGUCUAGGUUUGUGUCAUCUGAGUUUGAAUCACUGGGCAUUCUGGGAGUCCGCUUGUACUUUCUUUCAGGAGUUCCGUUGUGGCACAUCAACACCCUUACCUGGCUCCUCCGAUCAGAUGAUUUGUGGGCUCCGAUGUGGUUCAUGUGUUCUGGUGAGCAACAAGUUGCUUACAUUCCUUUUUUCUGAAAAGUCACAAGCUACCGGCAAGUUCAGAAACGAAAGUGAAAUCAGCUGAUAGUGACAUCAGUCAGCACAAAUGUACCAAAGUUCAGAGAGCUGUUUACUUAGACACAACUGCGAAUGCAGGCCGGCCAUCAGCACUGAGCUGCAUCUGCUGGCCACUUUUCUCCUCUGCCCUAGUUUCUGGAGCCUGACAUUAGAAAGCCAGCCAGAAGAAAGAAUCAACUGACCGAACCUCAUUUCCUGCAUCACCUUUUCAUGAGUGUGCCCGUGGGCUCUGCACCUUCUUUUUUGAAAGAACUGCCGGGUGUGGUGGCGCAUGCCUUUAAUCCCAGCACUCCGGAGGCAGAGGCAGGUGGAUCUUGGUACCCCUGCAAAGGGCAGACGAGAUGGCCAUCACCAGGCCAUGGAGGAGCAACUACCUGCCCUUCGUGGGCAUCAUGGUCCUCGUAGCCGUGGUCCUCUUCCUGAUGUUCUACGCGCUCCUCUGGAAGGCUGGCAACCUCACUGACCUGCCCAACCUGAGAAUUGGCUUCUACAACUUCUGUCUGUGGGAGGAGGACACUGGCUCCCUACAAUGUUACCACUUCCCUGAGCUAGAAGCCUUAGGGGUGCCUCGGGUUGGCCUAGCCCUGGCCAGAUUUGGUGUGUAUGGGGCCUUGGUCCUUACACUCUUUGUCCCCCUGCCUCUACUGCUCGCCCAGUGCAAGGGUGAUGAAGGAGAGUGGCAGCUAGCAGUGGGCUUCCUGGUGGCAUCCUCUGUUCUGCUGUCCAGCGGCCUGGGCCUUUUCCUCUCCUAUGUGUGGAAGUGGGUCAGGCUGUCCUUCCUGGGGCCUGGCUUUCUAGCUCUGUGCUUGGCCCAGGCAUUGCUUAUCCUCUUGCUCAUGUCCACAGUUAUGUUCCCUCCAAGGGACAAGAAGGACGUGAGCAAGCUGGAGAGCUGCUAGUCCCAUCUAAAGGUUCAUGGGAUUACAAGGGUUCAGCUAUUCUCAGAGAAGGUGCCAGAGAACCUGUGGCCCCUGGUGGGUCUUCUCCAUCUUGUUUCAUACCUAAUGCUUAUCUCUGAGCUCUGACAGAUGGAACCACCCUCUGAGCAGAAGGGCUGUGGUGUCCUGGAGACUGAGUCAGCAUGGGUGGUUAAGGGUACCUGUGCCUUUAGUGUAGGAUCCGUCCUUUAGGACUUCCAAGGACUCUAAAACCACUCAGCUCAUUCUCAGGGGAAUUCCUACUUUAAUUAAUCUAUCUGGGCAAUUCUCACCAUAGCCUCAGGAGGGUGGGAGUUAAGGAUUUUUGUCAGGGGCCAGAUUUCCAAACUGAUUUGCCAAAGUGCCAAACUGGAGCCCCAUGAAGGCUUAUGGUAACAAAUCAGACUGUUCUAAGAGAGCACUUGAACCUCAAGCCCUGGGAAGCAAGCGUCUCCCUCCACUGUGAUGAGACCCACAUUGCAAUUCCAUCCCAAAAGCCAAGGAACCACCUCUGAGGGAUUCAGCAAAGAAACACAGGGCAUAAAGAGAAGCCUUGCUAGCUUCGAAGAAAAGGGCCCUGAACCAGACAGAGUAGCAGUCAGCUGCCAAAUCAUUGUUCUCAUGACCCAGGAAUGCAGACGCAAGAUGUGCCAAGGCCUUAAAGGACGUAAAUGGGACUCAAGUCUCAUACAUACACACACACACACACACACACACACACACACACAGAUGCAUCCCCUCACUUCACCCAGAACUGGAAAGGACAGAAGACAGAAGCACUUAGCAUUGGGGCAUUUUUAUGUACUUUUCAGUGCCUGUGUAUUAGAAAUCCUAUACAGCAACAAUUUCCUCAUUCUGUGCUUGUCUAAAGCCACACUAAAUUAAAAAAAAAAAAAA